AUGUCAUCAUCAGAGCUUUUUUCUCAGGCUGAAACAAAUUGUAUGAACGAGUCAUCAUCAUCACCCUCAUCCUCACCCUCAUCAUCAUCGGAACCAAUAGUAAAUGGUUACAACAACUCGAUUCAAGUUUCUGAAGAGGAACAAGUACUUGAUCAACAAGCCUUGAAAUUAUGCGAACAUGCAUUGGCUGGUCCUAUUACUUUUCAUAUUCAUACGUGUCAUGUAGAACCCAUUCCAUUACAUUUCAAUGAUAUCAAUGGAAUGACCUGUUUAGAAUUUUACAAUCAAGUCAUGAUGAAAUUAGAAAAGGAAUAUCAACAUUCUUGUUGUGACCCUCUUGAAAGAUGUGAGUCUACUUCUCAUAAUGACAGUAAUGAGUCUUCUAUUAAUGAAUCUUCUAUUAAUGAGUCUUCUUCGUCUAAUAAUAACAGUAAUGAAUCUUCUUCUCGUCAUAGUAACACCACUACGAAUGAAUCCUCUUCUUCUUCAUCAUUCACUACCAUUCCAUUAUAUUUAAAAGAUAUUUGUAUCAAUGAUUAUAUUGGUGACAAACCAUUGAGAGAAUUCCUAUCUGAAUCUCUUUUAAAAAUUGAACAGAAUGUCUAUGAUUUACAAGUCCUGUAUCAAGAUCAUCCUCCUCAAUCUUUAGAAUUACAAUUACCCUUGCAUGUUAAAAAUAGAAACACUCAAUCCAUUGUCGAUCAAAUCGAACAAUUCAUAUCAAUGCCCUAUGAUUCUUCAAAACCACUUCAUCGUACUUCACAAUUAUCUUCAUAUAACUUUUCAACUGAAAUGAGUGUAUUGGAUCGAAAGUUUAUUCAUGCCAUUUCAUCCUUAUAUGGAAUUUAUCACAAGAGUGAAGGUAAUGCUCAGCAGAGAUUUAUUAAAAUCUCAAAAGAAGCCACAACCCAACAGACUACCAAGAAAAAACGUAAAGAACCUAAUUUUCCAAGUGGAAUGAGUACAGUGAUUGAAAAUUUUCUAUAUUUGGGAUCUGGUUUGGAUGCCAAUGAUGAAAUUCAAAUCAAAAAGAAUCAAAUUGAUUACAUUCUCAAUGUUACUAAGGAAUGGCCAAUUGGUAAAUCAAUUCCAUCGUAUAUUGUGUAUAAAAGAAUUUCAUUGAAAGAUGAAAGAGAGGAAUCGAUUAUACCCUAUUUUGAACAAGCAUUUGAAUUUAUUGAACAAGCCUUAGAACAACAGAAGAGAAUUUUAGUUCAUUGUGUGAUUGGCAAGUCCAGAAGUGCAUCUUUUGUUUUAGCAUUUUUGAUGAAACAUUUCAAUUUUAACUUAAAACAAGCAUAUGAUUAUUUAAAAGAAAGAAGAGAAUUAAUUAGACCCAAUGAUGGAUUUAUCAUGCAAUUGAUGGAAUAUGAAUAUAAAUUACAUCAAGGACAAUUUACCAAAGUGAAUAUUCAAAUGGAUCAUGUCUCUGAAAUGACUACUCUGAAAUCCAUCCACAUUCCUCAAUAUCUUUCAACAUCAUUGGAAUGGGAAUUUAAAGAAACAAAACAAGAAAAGGCAAUACGGGAAAAAGAAAUGCGAAAAUCUAAACUCAGUGAAGAGGAAGAAGCAGAAUUAGAACGAACAUUUCUAAAUGAUGAAAAAUUGAAUGAAUUAUUGAAUGAAUGUUUUCCUCCAUCGAGAUGUGAUGAAAUGACGAGUAGUUGUAAUAAUUUCAUCACACUUGCAAAUAAUGAACAGAGACGACCAUUAUUGAAAUCUCAAGUACAACAAUUUGUCAAGUUUGUGAAUACUCAUCCCAUUGUGAUCAAACAUCAUUUAUUUGAAAAUGCAAAUUUUAUGAAAUUUGUUCAUCAUCGAUGUGCCAAAUGGUUUAUUUCACAAUGUUCUUCACUACACGAUCUUGAUGAUCAAGAACCAACUCAUUGA